GGCGCACCGACGCACUGGAUCAGGCCUCCGCUCAGCCAGCCAUGCUCUCUGCACUCGCACAAAGACCCGCCAUGCCUCGCAUUCCGACAGAACACGCCCAGUCUAUAAAGCCGGCCUCCCCGCCUCCGCUCCCCCUCGACCCCCCGUCUUGUCGCGCUUUCCCCACUCUCCCGCAACACUUCGCAUACACGUCGCUCCCCUACGAUGCCUGCUGUACGCGGCAAGACCUCCACCGCCUCCCUCCCCGCCCGCACCCGCGGCAAAGCCUCCAUCCCGCGCCCGUGGUCUCCCUCCGACAUGCCCUCCCCCGAAGACCUCGACAUCACCGCGACCACCAGCUCCCCCAACGCGACCUCCGCCGCCUCUCGCCGACGCAAGGGCCCUGACUACAUCCCGCGACCUCCGAACGCGUUCAUCCUCUUCCGCAAGGCGCUCUUCCAGGAGCUCAAGGAGGGUUCCAUCGAGCACGACCAGCGCCUCUUCUCUCAGAUCAUCUCCACGACCUGGUCCGAGCUCAGCGCGACCAACAAGGACGUCUGGUACCGGCGCGCCGCCGACAUGAAGGAGGAGCACGCGCGCAAGUACCCGAACUACAGAUUCAGCCCCGUCAUACGCACCGACAAGCCGCGCAAGCGCAACGUCAAGCGCAACGGGCCCAAGGACAAGGAGCGCUGCCGCCGCCUCGGCAAGCUCAUCGCAGAGGGCCGGGGCAUCCCUGAACUCGAGCGCGAAGCGAAGCGCAUCGACGCGAGCAUGCGCGAGGCCGACCAGGUCAGCCAGGGCGCGAGCGAGCUCGGCAUCCCCGUCUCGAAGAACUACUCCACAAGCAUCUUCGACGCCACGCUUUGCGAGAGCUUCGACGCGUCCGUGGUCUCCGCUCCUCAACCCUCUACGCCCCGCCUCCCCGGGCCACGCAUCGGCAUCCCGACGCACGCGGAGUGGUCACCUGUGAAGAAGUCCUGCUUCGCGCCGCCGACCCCGACCAAGCGAUCGAUCGAGGCCUUGUCCUCGUGCUUGAUCUUCUCUCCGGAGGACAAGUCAGCCAAGGUUGAGCCACCCAGCACCCCUUCCGCGCCCUUCAAGUCCUACCCGUCCAGCCCAAGCCCCAAGGACACCGAGGCUCUCUUCCUCCCAUCCACGCCUUCUCCCCCGAGCUUCACCUCUCCCCUGCCUAUCCCCGCGCACAAGCUCGAGCCCAUGUCCUGGUCCUUCUCCAGUCUCCUUGCGGACGCACCCGGCAUAGACACUGACUGGUCGUGGUACCCAUCGCACCCGAGCCCAUUCGACGCGAGCUCAUCCACCGCGCCGUCCACCUCUUCCACGCCCUCCGCGCCCUCACCCUCGUCGUCGGCCCCCGUGACUCCCCCUCAGUACCACCCUUCGCCGUUCCUCCCGCAGCCCGCCAUCGCGUCCCAGCCCGCGCACCUAUCCCCUUUCGAUCAGCACAGUCCUUUGGCGACGGCGCCUGUGUUCGAGGCCCCGCAGCUGAACCACGCCCAGGACAUCUACGUCGACGCGCUGGAUCCGUUGAUGUUCUCGAAGCCGAGCAACCCGUGGGUGUACGGUAUGGCAAAGGAGUUCGAGGGCCUGGGGCUGUAUGAGACGCUGAUGGACGGCGGCGUGAUGAGGGGCUAUAUGGGGUGAUCCGGGUUGCUGGGUUUCUCCUUCUAUCUUCGUUCUCAGUUCA